AUGUUAGCAGCACGAAAGGGCUCUUCCCAACUCACAAUAGGGUUUUCAGACAACACAGGAAGACCGAGACGCUAUCCAGCAAACGAAGCUCGUCGUCGGCCGCCUACUCCGGCCGCCUUCCAGCACGAGAGUUCACGACGGUGGCGAGGUGGCUCGUCCACCCCUGGAUGUUGUUCAGCGCAGAUUUCAAUGGCUAAGAGUCGAAAAAUGCAAAUGCAUUGUUGUCCGCGCGUUUGCUCUUUCAAUUACGUCACGGUCCGAGAGCAUAUGGAAGUAGGAGCUCUCGAAGCGCUUAACGUCGCGAUUCCUCCAGCUCCCACGACACUUUUUGUCGAGAACCCAUGGCUUUUGAGGAGAAGUCCUCAGCGCCUCGCCUACGUUCGCGCUCUCGGGUUAAGGUAA